AUGUAUUCACCGGCGGCAAGUAGGGUAGUCGUUUUCCAUUUUGUGUCUAGUCUCUGCUACACUUUCCUUACUUUCUUUCUUCUUCAGACGGCAAAGCCUUACUUGAAUGCUGUUCGCGCAACUCUUACCGCUGCCUUGUGCAUCGAAAACUUUCCCUCCCAGGUUGUCGAACGACAUAACAAACCUGAAGUCGAGGUGCAAACCUCAAAGGAACUACUACUCAAUCCGGUUAUUGUGAGCAGAAACGAGCGUGAACGAGUGCUGAUUGAGGGUUCCGUAAAUUCAGUUCGUGUCAGCAUUGCGGUCAAAAAGUCUGAUGAAAUCGACAGCCUCAUCUGCCAAAAGUUCAUGCGUUUCAUGAUGAUGCGUGCCGAUGACUUCGUCAUCCUUCGUCGAAAGCCUAUUCCUGGCUAUGAUGUAUCCUUCCUGAUCACAAAUUUUCACACCGAAAAAAUGCUCAGAAACAAACUUGUGGACUUUAUUAUCACCUUCAUGGAGGAGAUUGACAAGGAGCUCUCAGAGAUGCGUUUAGCCGUCAACUCGAGAGGUCGCCUGUGCGCCGAGGAAUUCCUGAAGGCCUUUGACUAG